CAAGAAAGUAAAAGCAUUUUAAUUCCGGAAUAAAGCGUGUUUCGGAGAAAUGAAAGUUCUAUUUUUAAAAAAGAACCAGUGAAGUGAGCUGCAAAAAUCCCUAUCGUGGCACUGUGCCAGAUCAGAGUUGCAUCAUAGGAUCCGCUCCGCACAAAUCAUAUAAAUACAGAACUGAACCCUUCAGUCACUCACAACUUCAUCUCUUCAGCGGUCAGAACCCACAAAGAAGAGAAACCCCAACCGCAAGAACCAUGAGAUCGGCUGCGUUCAUCCUGCUGGCCUGCCUGCUGCUCGUAGAUGUUAAAGGCAUGGAGACAUCUCUCAGGGGUCGGUGUCAGUGCAUGGAUACUGGCAUGAACUUCAUUAAACCCAAACUGAUUGAGAAGGUCGAGGUGUUGUCUCCCAGCUUAUCCUGCCAGCACCUGGAGAUCAUUGCUACCUUGAAAGCAAGUGGAGAACAGAAGUGCUUGAAUCCAAAGUCCCGGUUUGCCAAGAACUUCAUCAAGGAUGAACAAAAGAAGAAGGGGAACCUGGAAUGAAGUGUCUCAUUAAAGCCGUGUUUCCACCGCAGGAACUUUACCCCGGAACUAGGAACCUUUUGAGGAACUCGACCGCAGGAACUAGGGUCUAAAUUUAGUUCCGGGGGCUUUAUUUUACCCCCAAAAAAGUUCCUGCUCGGGGGGUAGUACCUUCCAAAAGUACCGGAACCUUUGGGGUGGGGCGCAAGCGCUGAAAAUUUCUGAUUGGUCGACUACUUGCAGUGUUUUAUUUCAACUGCCAUGUUUAAAAAUAUGCAGCCGCAAACCGAUUUAUUUUCAUAAUAACUUGUAUCAAACUUGUAUGUUAUGCGGCGCAGUAGCCUAGUUUUGGUUAUAGCCUGCCAACGUCUUGGAAUUAUAACGUGUGCUCUUCUGUUCUUUUCUUGCUUUAGUAUUCGUUUUACAAAAUGCUAAGCAUUCAUGCUGGGACAGCAUAUUAUGUACCAAAACAUUCAAACGGAUUAAUUCGGUAGUAGUAAGUAGACAGAAGUUCCAUUCAUGGCGAGCAUGAGCAAGUUUCCUUGGGAGAAAUGGCUUAUCUGUGCAACCACUAUGUUACCACAUGGAAAUCAAAUGAAGUACUAACAUUUUCUAAUUAAACACUGAAAUUCCAAUAUUGGAAAAUAUAAAUACAUUAAGUAUCAUGUGUUUUUCUAAAAUAUAAUGAUGCUAAACA